UCUCUUCUCCUUCUCUCUCCCUCAACGUCUCGUCUCAUCUCUCUCUAUCGUCCACCGGAAUCUACCUCUCUGUUGCCUUCGCUCUCCGCUUUCACCCGGACCCGACCCGAUAGAAUCCGAGUAUCCACCGCCGAAGAAACCGCCGACGUGGCGGAGGAGGUAGAAGACGGUCCUGUCGAGCUUCCUCCGUCGGCCAUAUCUCCGUUCUCGUCAACUAACUCAAUAUUCGCCACUUCCGAUGACCUCACUCCUCUCCAGCUAGCCACCAGCGUAAUGCUCACCAGCGCCAUCACCACCUUCCUCUUCCGAUCGAUUCGACGGCGAGCUAAACACUCCAAAGAGAUGACGUUUAGAUCGUCUGGAGUGAAGAAGUCGUUGAAAGAUGAAGCGGUGGAGAAACUGAAAGCAAUGGGGUCGGCUCCGAUUGAAGAAGGUGGUGGUAAGUCGACGACACCAUCGGCGGCUCAGGCGUUUCUUGGUGCAGUUUCGGCAUGUGUCAUUGCUGUCAUUCUCUAUAAGUUCACUACUACCAUUGAAGCAGGACUCAAUCGUCAGACUAUUUCUGAUAAUUUCUCGAGGAAAGUUUCUGAGUUUUAUCAAACUCUGUGUGAUUCUUCUCGGAAGAUAAUCGAUGCAGGAAAAACUAUGGAGGAAGUAGAGAAGAAGAUUCAACAAGUGGUGUUGGAUAAAGUUAAAGAGUGUGUUCAAGGAAAGUCUCUUACUCUCCUCUGGUCAUCUUUUAUGAUUUUUAACCAAUCCACUCUUGUAGAAUGUUUGUGUUAUGGUGAUUAUACCAAGUGUGUGAUUUUCAAAGAACUAUUAUAUCAACUUAACAAGUAUUUUGCAAAAUCUAAUCAUUCAACUUCUUUAAAAAAAAUAAAAAAAAAAUUAAGAACCUCUAAGAGGUUCUCUCCAUUGGACCAUGAAAAAAUUAAUUACACUAACAAAAGUUCUAAACUUUUCAAAUCAUACAAUUAACUAUUAAAUUAUUUAUUAGAGCCCCUAAUGGGUUCUUACCAUUGGAGUUGCUCUUACAGUUGAGGAUUUUGCGGAGAAAACUGGUUCUAGUGAAGAACAAUGAUUUAGAUUUUAGGUUCUGAAUGUGUUCCUGUUUCUUUUAUUAUUUGCUUUUUGUUCUGACUUCAUGCCUAGUUAAUGAUACAAACAUUUAUCUAUGGACUCUGUUCUUAUGCAGUUCUAUAUUUCUGGUUGGUAGUUUUAUUUCUUUGUCUAAUGUUUUGAUCAUUCUAAAGAGUUUGUUGAUGUUUGAUGUUUUGUUGGACAAGGAAACCUUAACGGGAGACGAGUUUCGGGAAACAUUUAUCUACACUGACAAACCGUUGAAUGCCGAUGAUAGAGUUCGAAUCAAAGAUUUGAUUAGUGUGUAAUACAAAAAUAAUAAUAAUACUAUGGUACUGAUAUUAAACUCAAACUAGACUUCACUUUUAAAAUUUUUAAA